AAAGAGAGGAGGUGCUAUCUGAUUGAUAUGUCAAUGCUGUAUAUAAACUGGAGGAAUUCCUCUCCCCCUCUGUUCUCAAGCUGAUCUUCAUCUCUGUUGUGUGUCUACCUGGCUGCUGCUGCUAAACUGGUUUUGUUUUGUGGAAAGUGCAAUACUCUUUGGGAAUAAAGAGUUAUUGACAAAAUGCCAGAACCAACCAAGAAUACAGGAUCUACUAUCACUGAGCAACAAAAGACUGUUCAUGUAGCAGGCGGAAGUAGAACUGAAAUCACAACCCAGACCGUCAAGACUGGAGUCCAAGUCACAUGGCAGCAAGAUGGAAAAUCUGAAAAGUCAGUCACCCAAACAGAGCACACAAAGCGCACAGUAAUCGUGGAUAACAAUGUAACCCAUCAGGAGGAGUUUUCAGUUGUGAGUGGAGACCAUAAAGAAGAUGGAAAACGUAAGGAGAGCAAUGCACUUCCUCCAGCAGCGGCCGCAGAGGAAAAGAAACCUGUUGAUGAUGUGUCUGACAUGGUGAAAGAGCAAAACAAACCUAAUGAGGAUGAGCCUGGAAAGGCAAAUGAUGAAGAUGCAUCUUCAAUUAGAACUCCUCCUCCAGAUAUAAAUGCUCGAUCUGCAGAGAGGAAAGGUUCUGCAGGGCUUCUAGAGGAUGCAGACAAGCGGGAUAACGCUCAACGAACAACUUUAUUUAUUGACACCCCUUCUAGUGGAACAGUAAAUGUGGGUGGUGAUAUUAAGUUUGUUGCAAAAGUGGAGGCAAAGGAUCUUCUUCGCAAACCGAUUGUUAAAUGGCUUAAAGGAAAAUGGAUGGACUUGGCAAGCAAAGCUGGAAAGCAUCUUCAGCUGAAGGACACAUUUGACCGUAUUAACAAGACGUAUACAUUUGAAAUGCACAUAAUAAAGGCAAAGGAGAACUAUGCUGGCAACUACAGAUGUGAAGUUACCUAUAAAGAUAAAUUUGACAGUUGCUCCUUUGAUCUGGAUGUUAUUGCUGCCCCAGAUGCUUCCCAAGCUAUUGACAUCAGAUCUGCUUUCAAGAGAAGUGGUGAAGGACAAGAAGAUGCAGGAGAACUUGACUUUAGUGGUCUCCUGAAACGUAGAGAAGUUAAACCAGAAGAAGGUCCAGAGAUAGACGUUUGGGAGAUUCUGAAGAAUGCAAGUCCUAAUGAGUAUGAGAAGAUUGCAUUUCAGUACGGAAUCACUGACCUAAGGGGCAUGCUGAAGAGACUGAAACGCAUGCGUAGGGAAGAGAAGAAGAGUGAAGCAUUUUCCAAGAAAUUAGAUCCUGCUUAUCAGAUUGACAAAGGAGGGCGAGUGAGGUUUGUUGUUGAACUUGCUGAUCCAACAGUUGAACUAAAAUGGUAUAAAAAUGGUCAAGAAAUCCGUCCAAGUACCAAGUACAUAUUUGAACAUAAAGGAAACCAGAGGAUAUUGUUUAUUAAUAACUGUACAUUAGCAGAUGAUGCUGCUUACCAAGUGUGUGCAGGAGAUGAAAAGUGCUCUACAGAGCUGUUUGUCAGAGAGCCACCGGUACUGGUUACAAAGGAGUUGGAAAAUGUCAGCACAUACUGUGGGGAAAGAGUGGAAAUGGAGUGUGAGGUGUCCGAUGAAGAAGCAAAUGUCAAAUGGUUCAAAAAUGGUGUGGAGAUUACAAAUGAGCCACGCUCAAGGUACAGACUGAAGGUAGAUGGUAAAAAGCACACGCUUAUAAUAGAUGAGGCCGACAGAGGUGAUUCAGCAACCUAUUCUGUGAUGACCACAGGGGGGCAGUCAGCAGCACAGCUCCAAGUGGAUUUGCGUCCGCUGAAGAUACUGCAACCCCUAACUGAUAUGACUGUGAAUCUCGGCAAAGAAAUCAGUUUGAAGUGUGAAAUCUCUGAGUAUGUUCCCGGAAGAUGGUACAGGAAUGGGCAGCUUCUUCAUGGCGGAGAUCACAUAAAGAUAUUUCAUAAGGGAAGGAAUCACAGAUUAAUCAUAGAUCAUGCUCUGGUUGAAGAUGAAGGCGACUAUGCGUUUGUACCAGAUCUUUAUUUAAUCAAUAUUCCAUGCAACAUACAUGUCAUUGAUCCGCCAAGAAUCCAUUUUGACACACUUAAUUAUCCUGAUAAUACUGUGGUGGUUGUAGCAGGAACUAAGCUGAGACUUGAGGUGCCUGUUACUGGAGAACCAGCCCCCAAAAUUAUUUGGAGCAGAGGAGAUAAGUGGAUCACAGAGCUGAGUGGUCGUAUAAGAGCAGAGUCUUACCCUGAUCAUGGACUGCUAGUCAUUGACUCUGCUGAGAAGGAAGACACUGGCACAUACAGGAUAAUGGUGAAGAAUGAGGCAGGUGAAGCUGUAGCUCACAUCAAAAUAAAAGUAGUAGAUAUCCCUGAUGCCCCACUAGCCCCCGAUGUAACAGAGGUUGGGGAGGACUGGUGUAUCAUGAAAUGGGAUCCACCAUUAUAUGAUGGAGGAUGCCCUAUUCUGGGAUACUUUAUUGAAAGAAAGAAGAAGCAAAGCUCCAGAUGGAUGAGAUUAAAUUUUGAUCUAUGCAAGGAAACAACCUUUGAGCCAAAAAAAAUGAUUGAAGGUGUUGCAUAUGAAGUCCGGGUUUUUGCCGUCAACUCAAUAGGAAUUUCUAAACCAAGCAUGCCAUCCAAGCCCUUUGUCCCAUUGGCUGUCACAAGUGAGCCAACCAUGCUAACACUAGACGGCGUGACCGACAACACAGUGACCAUGAAAUGGCGGCCCCCUGACCACAUUGGCGCAGCAGGAUUAGAUGGCUAUGUAAUUGAGUAUUGCUAUGAAGAUGGAGGAGAACACAAGCAUGAGAAGCCUGAAUUUACAGAGCCGGAGUUGGGAAUGUUAGUGGAAUGUGUGUCUAAAAAUGGGGCACAUUUAUGUGGUGCUUUAUCUUCUAAGACCACCAAAGCAGAGAAAAGUAAGAUAUGGGCCGACAUCCAAGCCAAGGUUAAUGCCGUGGGGGGCAAUAACAGGUCCAUAGCUGACUUAAAAAAACAAUGGAAUGUUCUCAAAAAGCAAACCAAGAAUAAGUUGCUGGAAAAUAAGAAGGAAAAUGUUGUGGAGAAUGGACUUGUGCAGGAGACCGAGCCGGAUCUGUCUCCCCUGGAGAAACGCGUGAAGGCCAUGCUGGAACUUGAGGAAAAGGAGGGAACUUCUGGGAUAGAGGAUGAUCUCCAAGAUGAUAUAACUGGAGCAGGAGAAGCAGACAAGCUGAAAUUUACGGAUGAGGAGCUGAACACUUUAGUGGAUAACAUUGACAAACUUGUGCCCAAACUCCUCUCUGGCCAAAUCAGCGAAGCGGAAAAGAAUAAAAUGUGGGCAAACAUCCAAAAGCAGAUAAAUGCUGCAGGGGGCAAGGACAGAUCCAUUGAGGAGAUAAAGAAAGCCUGGAAUAAGCUGAAAAAGCAGACAAAAAAAAAACUGGAUCAUAACAAUGCUCAGAAAAUACUGGAAAGCAAAGGAGAAAAAGUCACUUUGGUAGAACUGACUCCCAUAGAGAAGCGUGUGGAAGCAAUAUUACAUAUCAAAGAAAUCGAUUCUGAGGACUUCCAGGAGGAGCCUGAGGAAGCGCAAGAGUGGAUAGUUGCAAAUCCUGAACUGACAGAUAAAACCAGGUUCACAAUCUCCGGACUGCCAACUGGUGCUAAGAUCUUUGUUAGAGUGAAAGCUGUGAACGCUGCAGGUCAGAGUGAGCCCAGGAUACACCCCCAACCAAUCCUGGUAAAGGAGGUUAUAGUGCCUCCAAAGAUUCGCCUUCCCCGACACCUAAAGCAAACCUACAUCCGAAAAGUAGGAGAGGCUGUAAACCUGGUAAUACCAUUCCAGGGAAAACCCAGACCCAAAGUAUCCUGGAAAAAGAAUGGCUCACAUGUAGACAAAACACAGAUAAGUAUCCGUAACAGCGAAUGUGACACCAUCCUCUUCAUCCGGAAAGCAGAGAAAAGCCAUUCUGGAAAAUAUGACUUGAAGGUGAAAGUUGAGAACCUCCAAGAUAAGGCAUCAAUCUACAUCCAGAUUGUUGAACGACCUGGACCUCCUGAAGUUGUAUUAAUUGAAGAUGUCUGGGGAGAGAAUGUUGCUCUAGAAUGGAAGCCACCAAUAGACAAUGGCAAUGCUGCUAUCACAGGAUAUACAGUACAAAAGGCAGAUAAGAAGACAAUGGAAUGGUUUACAGUUCUAGAACACUACCAUAGAACCAAUGCAACCAUAUCAGAACUUGUGAUAGGAAAUGAGUACUUCUUCCGGGUCUUCUCAGAAAAUAUGUGUGGCCUCAGUGAGACAGCAACCAGGACAGUGAACAGUGCCCUCAUUGAAAAGGAAGGUAAACCUUAUAAGCGUCCUGAGUACUCAGAAUUUGACUUCACAGAAAAACCACAAUUUACUCACCCCUUAGUUAACACAGUAGCCAUUACUGGAUACAAUGCUACACUGAACUGUAGUGUACGAGGAAAUCCGAAGCCUAAAAUCACUUGGAUGAAGAAUAAAGUGGUUAUUAUGAAUGACCCCAGAUACAGAAUGUUCAGCAACCAAAGUGUAUGCACACUGGAGAUACGUAAGCCAAGCCCUUAUGAUGGCGGCACAUAUACCUGCAAAGCAGUCAAUGAUCUGGGAGAGGCUGAAGUUGAUUGUAAGCUUGAAGUGAAAGGUGGCCUUAAAUUUUUUCACCUUCUAAUGCAAGGUGUACCUCUGUCUGUUAUCGAUUCUUAUAUUCGGGAGCUGAAUGCGGAUAAGGAGAGAGUAUAAGCAAGUCCAACGUCGCUGCUUUUCUGCUGCAUUAAGGCUGGAUAUCAGUGUUACAGUGUGUGACCCUGAAGCUGCAAAUAUAACAAUGUAGUCACUUUCUGUCAGCUGUCUUUAUGUGUUUGUUAUAAAUAAGAUUAAUGCAUGGGUUGGUCUGGGGGGGAGAUGAAUAUGCUUAAAGUUUCCCUUGGGGCUUUUAUACAACGUGAGCCCUAGGCUGAGGUGUUUCCCUACAAUGCCUAUUUAUUUUCCUUGUAUAAAAAAUAAAAGUUGCCAAAUAUAAAAAUAUCUGUCAUUUAUAGGCACAAUAAAGGUGGCAUAUCCUCUUCACCAAUCAUGUGUAACGGAUUGCUGACACGACAAUCUACAGUUUCUGUUAAAGGAAAAAAUUGGUAUUCUAGGCAAAAUCUGACAUAUGUGUUAUUGAAAUCCAUACUUGCAUCAAAUACUUUACUUGUCUGAGACAAAACCAGAUUAUAAUACAUGAGGUAAUUUGGCUUAGAUAGAAUUGAUAUAACAAGGAUGUCACAUCAUAACAUUGGGCCUAAUUCAGAUCUGAUUGCAGCAGCAAAUCUGUUAGCAAGUAGACAAAACCAUGUGCACUGGGCGGGAGGGCAGAUAUAACAUGUGCAGAGAGAGUUAGAUUUGGGUGGGGUGUGUUCAAACUGAAAUCUAAAUUGUAGUGUGAAAAUAAAGCAGGGAGUAUUUACCCUGCACAGAAACAAUAUAACCCACCCAAAUGUUACUCUCUCUGAACAUGUUAUAUCUGCCCCACCUGCAGUGCACAUGGUUUUGCCCAUUUGCUAACAAAUUUGCUGCUGCGAUCAGGUCUGAAUUAGGCCCAUUGUUUUCUGUCUCCAAGUAGGUAUAGUACUGCAAUAUAUACACAUUACAUGUAUUAGGAAAUGCUUAUUGGGAUGAUACUUUUGGUUAAAAUGUGGAAAAUUUAAAUUGUGUAAUGCAAUCAAUGUACAAUAAAUAAGAAAACGUUUCCGACA